UUAUGUGAGCUCAAUCGAUGGUCGCCAUUGCUAACUCAAAUAUUUUGCACGAUUGCAGGAUAAUGAAGGCGCAGCGAUAUAUUGUGAUGGAAGCACUCGGAUAAUCUUUCUAUAACGUAGUACACACCGAAAUUUCAGUCGAUUUUGGAUAUUCUUAAGUGGUAAAAAUUGCAUUGGAAGUGGAGGAGAAAUUACGUUUUAGGAUCGACGAAACCAGACGUGGCUGGUCACGUGGGGUAACAUCCCUGCGCUUUUGAUUUGUGAACAACGACACCUUUUACGAUGAUACCAGUACAUUUUAACCCCUAAUCCUUACACCAUUCGUUUUUUGAAAUUCAUUAGAAAAUUUUAGCGCAGCUCGAUUUUGCUGAAUGGGCGUGGUAUUCUAUAAAAUCGGAUCUGUGUCUGUAGCAGAAGAAUUGGGGCUCCGCCAGUCACGUGCUUUAUUUGGAUAAUGUACACUCGCAUGCGUUGUGUAUUGAAAGCAUAGCACAACAAACUGGCAUGGGACUGGGAAGUGCUGAUUAGUUGUGUAACUUUGUUCGAUGUUCCGCUGCGCUGCAUGAGCUCAGACACUCCACCUGUGUGUAACUUAAAAGAUAGGAUCUUGACUGACUUGAAUAAAUUAUCUGGACGACUUGCCAUAAAUGUUAGAGCGUGUAUGUCAAGACCUUUGCCACUGAGGCUAUGUUGUAUGGCCGCAAUGGCUCCCGCGCUCACCGAGGCGGCUACCACACCAAGGGUUAAACUGCUCUCCCCACCCGACACUCAUGAGAAAGAGCUGAACGGUGGGGAUCAUCAGGCCCUUGUAGGAGAUUGCACAAUUACGCGAUCACCUGUGCAAAAAAUACACAACUUAGCAAAGACGAAGUUGGUUUCAAUAACCCAAAAAGAUUUCCUGCAAAACUCGAAAUUCAAAAUCCAUACCGCAGAAGAGGCGAAGUUAAUUGCUGGAAAGCAGACGUUUGGAACUUUAAAACUGGUUCACCCAAAGACGUUUAAGGAUUUACAAGAUUUGUAUCAGCAGAGGGAUCGAUUAUUUCUGAAAUCAAAUCAGAACGGAGACCUUUUUGUCACAGACAGUAUGAAUCAGGACCUCCUGAAUGGCACAGCAACAACAACGUCUACAACAGCUACUGGUGUGCCAGUUGGGAAAACUUCCAUUAUGACCAUGAACGGCAAGUCAGUUGCUCCAGAUAAGCCUGCGAUUUUGCUCCAGCAGAAGGUUCCCCAGGCCCACGCAGGGUCCUUGAACACAAAAACAACCAAUGGAGGUGUGUCAAAUUCUGGUGAAGUUGGUGAUGUCACAAAAGCGGGCUGUGGAGACAGUGUGUUGGAGUCCGCUGAUAUGCCCACACAGAUGCCAGUCGAUGGGUCUGGUGAUGCGGACAUUUUGCAUUCACCAUGCCCCCAAUCUCCUCAAGAAGACAACAUGAAGGAUUCUGUAAGUGAGGUCACCAGACGACAACGGAUGCAAGAGAAAAGGGCCCAGAGACUCCUGCGGCGCGUGAGACGGUUACAGGCACGUCAGUCUCACGCACACGUAUCGGACCAGUUGACUGGUUUGGUGGGACACCAACACAAAAGCUUAGAAUCCAUGGCGAAAUCGAUAAAAGUCCCGCCGACAAACACUGAUUACAAAACAGAAUUACUUCAGAGUGAAAACAUAAAGAAUCUAUCGACAGCAUCUUUAGUAAAUCUUGUCCGGAAGUUACAGUCAUCCCAGCCAAUCACAUUAAAGCAGAGGUUGACAAGUUCGCAAUCGGAUGCUGCCAGUGUGAUUCGAUUGGAUGAAGACUUCUGUGCUGAAAUCGAGAAAACGUCGAGUCAAAUGGUGUCGGAUAUCCGCCAACUCGAGACUGCACUUGAUUCGGAUGCGACGGAGAGCAGCUCGGGCGGUGAAAGCUGUGAUGAAAUGGAUUACGAAGAUUACAGUAAUUACAGACAAACGCCAUUACAUCGGCGAGCUGAAUGGCGAUGGGCACAAGAGCGAGCUGAGGUUGCGACCCGGUGGACGUGGUUACAGGCGCAAGUCUCGGACUUGGAGUAUCGAAUACGAACUCACAGUGAUAUUCACAAGCAGUUACGAAACUCUAAAGGUUCAGUUGUCCUUGGUGAACCACCAACGAUAGAAAAUCUCCUGAAGCUUAGUGUGUUGCGGACAGGUGGGAAAAAAUUAUCUCCGAUUGAGGCAAAGAUUGCUAAAAUUGAGAAACAGAACGAGAUGUCGCCGGUGAAUCUUUCUGUGUUGUUGAAUAAUGUUGACCACCAGGCUCAAAAAUUGACACAGUCUUUAGUCGGUAACUGUUUCUCGCCAUUGCAAGGUCCCGGUUUAAAUAAAAAUCGAACCACUAACGGAUACGUCGACACUCCGGUGUUGGUGAAUAAUCUGGAUACGCAAGACGGCGGGUGUGCAUCAAAGGAUGUCAGUGAUAAUGUGGAUAAUUCUUGUGUUGCGGCACGGUGUCGCCCAGUUCGGAGUUACCGGAAACGGAAGUUAUAUCGAACAACUGGAUUACAUCUUGCAAGUCGGAAGGCUUCGCGGCUGUCGACUGUUCGUUGUCAGUGCUAUCCUCCGUCGACACCAUGUGCUAUGUGUGGCGGUCGAUAUAACAAUACGGUGCCGCUCGAUUCCGAUACGUUACCGCCAGCUGAGAAGGUGGCGCUACUGGACAAUUCUUUUCACUCAGUGCUUUCAUUCCCUCAAGAUAUUCCGUUACAAAUUCACUUUGAGUCAUUGCUCAAGAGUGGCGACUGGCAGAACAAAUCGUUACACAAGCAAGUCAAGCAACAGCAAGCCGCGUCACCGUUAGAAAAGCGGAGAAAUAACAAGAUCUCACCGACUGUGGACCAUGUGCGGAAACAGAGUAAAAAGUUGGCCAAGACAGCCGUGUCAUUACUUUCUCAGAAAUAUCGGACGAAGUACAGUGAUAGAUCUCGGUCGCGUUGUCCUGUGUCGAAAAUGACUUUACAAGAAAAGCGGCAACGCCGACAGGAGUUGAAGCGACGGAAGAUUGCUAAGAAAUUAGCAUUAGCCAUGAAAAAGAAAGAAAAACGCGAGCGAAGGUUCUCGUUGCCAGCCAGUUACUACCACAAGACGCCGUGUUCGACAGCCAAUGCGAGUCCCCGUGACACGCCCCCGCCAUCAACGCCGGGUAGCGUCAGUUGUCCUGCAUCGUCGGCCAUGUUGAAGGAGAUGAAGGAACUGAUGAAGAAGCGGCGCGGGGAGAGCGCGUUUGAUAUCAACAAUAUUGUGAUUCCAUAUAGUAUAGCGGCCGCAACUCGGGUGACCAAGAUUGAGUACAAGGAGAUCAUCACUCCAAAAUGGCGCGAGUUGUCUGUUGAGAAUGCAGGUUUGGAGAGUCAUGUCAACGAAGUUACGCCGCUCCCUCCUGACGUGGAGACCAAAGAGACGUUGCCGUCUAAUGCUAACGGGAUGAUCAUCAUGAGGAAGGUAGAUGAAGAGGCAGAGGAGAUGGAAGAUUUGACUGAUGACGAGUUUGCAAUGCGCCAUCUUCGCUGUGAGAUCAAGGAGAAGAAGCGUUACAUGACGUACAUCACGAAAAACAAACGCAACCGUGGAUCAAGAACCGAAAGUGGUGCGGCGACCCCGGACCCAAUGGGGCAGCCGGAACACAGUCCAAAUGAACCGAACCUUGUGUCGUCAUUCAAUAGUGGUUUUGGGACUCCGCCAUCAACUCCGAUUGGUGGGGUACGGUUUGAAGAGGGUCGACGGCGAAGUGGGUCCAUAUCUUGUUCGUAUGGUUCUAAACGGGAACGUGACCGGUCGUUGUCCGGUGAUCAUCUUGAUCGCAUGUUCACCUCAACGCCAGAGUUUGAGGAAGUCCUGAUUCCGCCGUGGGAGCCGAGAGAAUUCCCAAUAUCAGAGGAGGAGUAUGAUGGUAUGAAGCGGGAAAUGGAGGACGUGAUAAAUCGGGUGCCGACGCCCCCUAUUGUGAUGGAAGAGAGCGAGAUGUUGCCGCCAAUGCAAUCUGAACCAGUCACACCGAUUAAUAGCAGUCCACCAUCGCCAUUACCGAGCACAUCGUCCGGGUCUGCAGGCGUUUCGAUGCUGGAAGAGGAUCCGAAUGACCCGGAAUGGACAGUUGUGUCGCCAGAGCCUCGGCCCAGGAAUAUCGUUCUGAAGCUGGCCAAGCGAUGAAAAGGUCUCGCAACGCCCCAGGUGGGUGUGAGAUUGUGCAAAAAGGCCUGGGCAUGUCGACUCCUGUCGGAGAAUUCUGCAGUUGGUUGGCCGGAGCAUGUUCAAACACGUGUAUAAUCCUCAGACCUGGUUUGGUCAUGAGAAAGUAACACGAGUGUUCAGCCAGUUACUUUAUCCCAGUGGUUACUCAUUCCAGUGCAGUGGUUAGGUUAUAAAGCUUGCCCCUAUCGGGAAUCGGUUCAAACUGGUUAAAGGCAGUGGUGUGGUGAUGCAUUUCGACGGUAAAAAGUGUUCUAAGGUUGGAGAAUACACACGAUUGUAUAGUGGUGGUAUUGGUUGGAAGUUUGAAGGGUGUGGAGAAAAGUAGAAAUGUCUUGGUUGAAGUGGGUGUGUAGUGUUGAAAGUUCGUAUCUACCAACAUAACAUAGCCAUUGUUAAUUUGGUAAUAUGAUUGUUAUGAGUUGUUCACUAAGAUCGUUAUGGGUUUCUGUCAGAAGUCACAGACUGUUGGUGCUGGUUUCAAAACAUCCUGACAUUUUCUUCGUCACAAGAAUUGUUAUUUUCCCUGAAAAUCAGAAUGCAAAAAUUGUACCAGCUAUGAUAACCAUACUCAUUGAGAAAGAACUGACUGGGAAAGAAAGGCUGCAACGUAAAGUAGCAAUAAUGGUACUAAGAUAGCCAUGGUAUGUUUUUUAAAAAUUGGCUGUCAUAGAAUUUUUAAAACGAAAAUGGGUGUAUUCCCUAAUUUUCCCUGGGUGUAUUCCCUAAUUCCCUAAUGCCAAUUUCUAAGACAUUUGAUUGGUUGAAAGAACAUCACAUGAUCAGUUUAAUAAAUGUUCUCAAUAAUCAAGGCACUGAUGAUGAAAAUCUAAUUUAACAUCUAAGUUGAUAUUAGCACCAAGUCUUCUGACACAACCCAGUAUCUACUUUUAGGUUUGAAUCGCGCACGUUUGUUAGAGCUUGUGAUAUUGGAACAGACUUGUGGAGAGCUAUGCAUAGAGCGUUAAUGAUAAUAUUUUAAUUCAAAAAAUAAUCCCGAAUCAUAAAUUGUAUUCUGAAAAUGCUUUGAAGUCAUAAUUCCCCAAAAAUUGGUUUAUUCCAGUUGUUUAGAGAUGUUGUUUGUUUUAAUUAGUUGUUUUUUUUCCAGUUUUUGCUUGGGAAGAAAAUUUUGUUCUGAUAUGUGAAGUUGUGCCUAACCAAUUGCAGAUCCUUGUUAAUACAUAUUAUAAAGAAGAGGGCAAGCAUAGCCAGGCAGGAUUUUGAAAUUCAUAUCCAGGAACCCAAAAUUCUUCUUCUUUACCUGAUAAUAUGUUGGUUAACAUUUUUUUCAUCAAUUAAUUUUGCAUUUAUCCAAGAUUUAUACCCGAUAAUGUGACUAAGUUAUUGAAGUGUUCAUAACAGAAAGUACUGCGCAUUUGGAAAAUUCAAACUCUCUUGUUAGGAUGCGAGCCUCUUGAAUGUACUAUUUGCACAUACGGUCUAGCCAGUAUUGAUAAUCCGUGCUUGUUAGAAGGUGUAUUCUCAAUUGGCUGGCUAUAACGUACAAUAGGAAAUUCAAAUAUAACUGUGUAAGAGAUGCCUUCAUUCAGGUUUCUAGCGUGUUCAUCGACACUGUAGAAAAACUAACUAUCUUAUGGGUUUAUACAUGAGUGCACUGUACUGUAGUACACUGUUAAUCUGUGUUUGGUAUCUAGAUUUUAUUAAACUGUCCGUGAAAACAUAAGUGCAUAAAAAUGAGCAAAAAUGUGAAGACAAAAAAAAGUGGGUUGUUGCCUCCGCUGUUAUGCUUUGAUAGUCAAACGACCUACAGCUGCCGCAUUAUUUUGUAACCGUAGCAACUGUUGUGUAGUUGCGUUAGUUACCAAGGUAUUUUUGGUUGCCAUAGCGAGUGUUCAUUGCUGCAGUUCUGAAAAAUUGGUGACCGAAUCAAAUAAUUUGGUGACAAGAUCAUGAAUAAUUUGGUGAUUUGGUGGCUUUCCAUGGCAACUAACUGGUUACAACAGCAGGUUUUUCACUCUGUGAAUUCAUUCCAUGGUGUCGUGUCCUCGCCUACCCUUUGUAAAACAUCAUAAUUUCUCCUUGUAUAUUUUUGCUUGUAUUCUUCUGGGGAAAAUAAAUGUGGCAAUUUGCAGAAUAUUAGAAUAUUCCCAAUGCAUUUGUUUUUUGUAUCAAUCAGAUGCAUUUUUCAAAUGACCUUUAAUAUGCCUAGUGGAGGUAAUAACCGCUGAAGAUAUAUUUUCCCAUAAUGGGAACCCUGUUCUAACUCUAGCAGGAGUGGCUGUUGCAGUCUAGAGUCUGUUUUGCAAUGAGAACUUGUAAUUUCCAGUCUUCUUGUCAUUGAUAUAUUCUGUGCAAUUCAGAUUCUGUUCUCAUUGAUUGAUUUGCUUUUAAACGCUGGAUUGAUUGAUUUGAUAUUCAUCUUGCAUUCAGGCAUGAUUAUUCAUCUUGCAUAUGGGCACGAUUAUUUGGCAUUUCACUAUGACUAAAUAAAUUGCAGACCUGACUCUGGACAAUGAUGGCUUCGUUCUCCUUCAUUCAUCCUGUGAAUUUAAAAUCGCUCUUGACUGUGUAUACCAGUGUACUGUGUAUGUUGUAUACACGAUGUAUUAUAUAUGUAUAUUAUUGAAUCCAUUUGUAAAAAAAACUGCAAGAAUAUGUUUUGCUGUUUGUAAAUAUUGACUUUGCAUAUGGGUGGAAGGCAUUAGUUUGAAUUGCUGUCACCCCUCGUGAACAAUGAAUCAAUAAUUUACUGUUUCAGUGACGCUACAACUCUCCCAAAUCGAGUUUUUUAAAAGCUGUCCAUGAUGCCAAAACUGCUUUGACCUCGAGCCACCUUAAAGGAUGUAUGCCAUUCAUGCUCAUCGUAUUUACUUGUGGUUCAGGUAAUUGGAAAUGAACAUAGCCAUAAUUGUGCAAUUCAUUGAAACUUGGCAUUUAUAGUAGUUGUAUAUCAGUCUCCACUACAGUAUAGUUGAAAUUUUCAUUAGUAAUUAUUAUGACAUAAUUAAAAAUAUUCAAAUUCAUCGAUGAGAGUAGGCCUUAAAAAGAAGAUGGUCAAGUUUCCUUUUUGUCGUGAAUAGUUUUAUCCACUCGAGAAAAAUGUGUGCAAGAAAUGUGAUGAAUUGAUUGAUUGAUAAAAUCAUCCUGCUUGCAGGCAAGGUUCUUUGGCAUCUUUUGUUUAUUUGUCCCCCUGUUUAUAUGAAAAUGGGUUGGCUCAUUGUGAACUCGUGGAUUGGUCAGGUGUGGUGGGAAACGGAUUAGGUCAUUAUUGUGAACUCCUGGGGUAGUCGGGUGUAGUCGUGCUUUCUGAAAGAAGCACAGCUUGUCUUCUCGCAAUCUUAGUCGAGAACAUUUACAGGAAUAUUUUGACACAGAACAUUAUAAUUUGUGUACUUGUAUAACUUGAGUGUGACUACGAUAUCCGAUGACGUUAGCACUUUGGGAUAUGCGUGUUCACUUGGUAGAUAUUUUCAGCAAGAAUAUUUUUCCAUGCAAAAUAAAACUAUUCCGUUUGUCUGCGUCCUAUUAUUUGAAUACAGGUUUCAAAAUCAUGUUUGCUAUUGGCAUUUUUGGUACUGUUUCGCGUUGAAAAAUAUUCCUGCUUCAUUUGUUCGACUUUUGGCUUCUUAAUCUUAAGAGCAGUUAAAUAUUCACUGCAUAGACAUGGUAACUGGCUGUAGAGGUUGCAUUGGUUGAUGUAUACCACUAUUGAUGAUUUUGUCUUAGCAAUAUUGGCCAAAAAGCACAUGACCCACGGAUGGUUAUACGAUGACAUUACAUGAGUUCAAUUGGCACUAAGUCCUGUUAUGUCAUUUACCAAAGGAGAAGAUGUAGAGUAGAUGUUGCAUUGUAGAGCGCUAGUGGUGUCACGGUGACAUUUAUAACAGCAUCAUCCUCCUGUCUGUGGUCAUGUGUUUGCCGUCCAGCAUGGCAGGGCCGAACGUCCUUGAUACCUUCCCCUGAUGUGCUUUCUAACUGGUCCUGCAAUCUGGCCGUGGAAGUCUUAUUCCGAUAAUUUCGAUUUUUGGCUACACUUGUACAGCUUUCUUAAUUGUUUGUUCUACUUCUGAAUUCUAGCAAAAUAUGCAGUUUCCUGGGUAUGUGAUGAGAAAACACUUUUCUUGCUUGACUAUCCAAGUCAUUUCCUCAGCUUUUCAAAUAAGUGCCACUUGACAAAAACUCGAGCACUGGCCUAGAAAUAUUAAUUUGGUAACAAUUACAUAACGGGGGGAUAAGUUUCCGUUGUAAGUACCAUGACUAUUGCAUCAGCUGCUUGAAGUUUCCAUGAAUUGAGAUUUAAAGGUAGGCUAUAUAAGCAGGAGCCAGGUGGGUCCAAUACAAUACACACAGUCACCAGUAGAUGUCUCUCCUACAUCAAAACUGUUCACGCUUGUGUGGGAAAUAUAAUUAUUGUUGAAUCACAGUCAACCCAGCCCACCUAACUCUGCUUAAUAGUCACCUUAAGACUAUCAGUUUGACCCCCUCGCUCCUGCCUGUAGUCCCCCUUAAAGAGCAGGCACACUGUAAAUGUGUUCUAUCCUUUAAAUGUGCUUCAAUUAACCCUUGAUGGACUCCCGAUUGAAAAUAAAAAAACUUCAAAGUCGAAAAAAUGGAAAAAAAUUCAUGCUGGGUAGCAGGUAUGCUGGCAUGUAUGCCAGAAAAGGGGUUAUUAUAAAAAAGAGAGCUUGUAAGAAAUGCACAUUUGCCUCAAUGCGGUUUUUUUUCUAGUUGGGCCUUAGGACGUUGACUGUAAAGGGCAUUAUUAGAGUAGAAAAUUACUUGAUGUAUACAAUGAACUGUCCUAUUUGGUGAUAGGGACAUUUUGGGUCCAUCAAGGGUUAACCUUUCACACUACAGCCAGUGUGUAUAUAAACAAAUAUCGUCUGUGUAUAUGUAUAUGUAUGUAAAAAUGCACGUCGACAUAACGACUUACGUUGACCACAUAACUUGUAUAUUGCCAAAUCGUGGCUCAUAAAACGUUAUAAAUUUGAUUUAAGGAUGGUGUCCUGGAAAUGAUAAAAUUGCCAUUGUUCACAUCCUCUCUUGUGGAGUUGCUCCAGAAUCAUUGCUGGUUCGUUUGGGGUCUUACUGUAAAAUCACAAAUACAUUCAUGCUUUCCGGAUUA